AUUUAGGUUGGUUGCGACCGUCCGAAAUAUAAAUGGUAAAUGAACGACGUUAUUUAGCGAUGUUCUAGUCUUCCGACCACUCAAAGCGCUUCAACACCUCAUGUUCAUUCGCCCAUUCACACACAUUCAUACACUGAUGACUCUGAUUGGAGGACGACGUGCUCCCCGCAGUCACUCAAAGGUUUAAAAGCAAGCGGAACUUUAAUGUGACUCGCUGUUGCUCGGUGUUGUAGCAGCGCCUGUAAUUAUUUCAUCGGUAACCAAGCAGAAAUGUCUUCAGUCGAGGGUUUGAGAGAGUUCGUCAACGAGCGACUUUCUGCUGCUGCUGAAGAAAUAUUCGGAGUUUUUAAAAGAACCAUCGUCGAGUAUCAGGAAGAGAUCGACCGGCAGCGCGGACUGUUGGAGGUUUUUUGGAAACCCGAAGUGAGGUUACACAGGAUAAAGAUCCCACAGUCACGUGUGUGUAAGGAGGAAGAGGUUCUCUCUGACCAGCAGCUCUGUCUCCAGGAGAGGAUCACCAGUCUGGACCAAGAGGACCCAGAUCCUCCACAGAUUAAAGAGGAACCGGAGGAGCUCUGCAGCAGUCAGGAUGGAGAGCAGCUUGAACCAAAGCAGGAGACCUUUAUGUUGACACCUACUUGUGAGGAAAGAGACCACGGUGAAGAUCAUCAUCAUUCUGAUAGCAUUGAUCCGAAAGAAGUCAAAUGUAGUUCAACAUCAAGCGAGGAGCCAACUCCUCCAGGUGAGAAUCCAUGUUUGUGCAAAAAAUGUGGGAAAUACUUUAAACAUACAAAUAGCUUGUUGGCCCAUGUGAGAAGAGCUCACAGUGUUAAUAAUCAACCAUAUGUAUGCGACACCUGUGGGAGAAGAUUCAUUUAUGAAUCAGAAUUUAAGAAGCAUAAAAGAGUCCAUAGUGAUGAGAAGCCAUUUUCUUGCAAAACAUGUGGAAAAAAAUUCAAAUGUAUCAGUAGCUUAAACGGUCACAUGCACAUUCACACUGGAGAAAGGCCAUAUUCCUGCAUCACAUGUGGGAAAACAUUCGAUCAGACGGAAUCAUUGGAGCUUCAUUCAAGAAUGCACACUGGUGAAAGGUCAUUUUCUUGCAACACCUGUGGGAAAACAUUCAAUCAGCAAUCAUAUUUGAAGAAGCAUACAAGAAUCCAUACUGGGGAAAAGCCAUAUUCCUGCAUCACCUGUGGGAAAGCAUUCAAUCGGACCGAAUCAUUGACUCUGCAUACAAGACUCCACACUGGAGAAAGGCCAUAUUCCUGCACCACAUGUGGGAAAGCAUUCGUUCUGAAAUCACGUUUGAAAUCUCAUAUAAAAAUUCACACCAGGGAGAAACCACAGUGGCAGAAGGCAGGUUUCCAGAAUGGAACAAAUCGUUCUCACUUGAGCAUGUAGCGGCAUGGAUCCACCUUUCCCUCCUCAUGCAAAUACCAUGUAAAUGACAAUCUUCUUGACCAUGGGUUUGCUGUAAAGUUUUUUUUUAAUAACUUUACUGAGAUUCUAGCGAAAAACAGCUUGGAAGUAGUACAUCGUCUUUAAUAAAGUGAUCUGAUGUCAUCCAUCUUGGCAAUUUCCUUUUUUUCCUUUCCAACUUCCUUCCAUUUGGAUCGAUGUUGGCCAUAGUGGUAAUAUUAGUCAUAUUUAUGAUGUGUUUUUCAUGAGAUCGAAAGGGGAAAUACACUAUUGAUCCUAUUUAUAUCGGAGGAAAUGGUUAAGUAUCAGACUGCAAUAACGUUCACGAGUGCUACAUGAGAUCACUGAGGUUGACAUGUUCAUAUGAUCGUAACAUGCCUUCCAGAAACUGACAGGCUGCUGAUAUACACAAAACAAUGCUAUAUUCAGAGUUGCAUAGCAACGCUAAAACAAUAGAGAGGGACAUAUGUGUCAACCGUGCAUGCUAUGUAACUUGAACAAUUAAAAUGAGAACCCAUUUUCA